AUGGAUAUAGCUGAAAUAAAUAAAGUAGCUGGUCGUAAAAGAAUGAGCACAGAUGUUGAAAAAUUACGUGAGAAAGUUUCAAGAGAGAACAAGAAAAUAAUAAAACUCAAGGUUGCCCAAGAUACCGCUUACUGGGACUUGAAGGAAAAGCUGCGUCAAGUUGAAACUAACCAUGAGAAACUUCAGCAAAAUAUGCUGGAAGUCCAGAUGCAAUACGAAACUGUCUCAGGACAGUAUCAGGACGAACUAAGACAUCGCGCCGAGACCUUAAAUAAGCUCGCGAGUACCCGUGAGAUCUGCACAGUACUGGAGGACUACAGUGAACGCCUGCGCGAGACCUUGUCCCGCUGCAAGGCAGACCAGGCGGCGUUGUACGAGGCCUACCAGCACUCUGGACAAGUGCUGCGAGAGUUCAAGACGCAGCAACUACAGCAAGAUGAGAAAAACAAACAGAUUAUUGACAGUCUGCAGGAUAAACUGAAACUAACAACAGAGCACCACAACCAGCUGCUCCAAUACUUUACUGAGGAGAAGCAGCGCGCGGUAGCUGAAAUAAGGGAGGUGAAGGACAGACUGGCUGCUGCAGUGGAGAAGGCUAACGAGCUGGGGGCUGCUAAUAAUGAGCUAAGUGCUCAGUUGGAGUAUGGCCGACGGGAACUUGAGAAGCUUAUAGGAAAAACUAAUAUGGUCCUUAAAUUGUACAGAAAGAAGAAGCCAUCAUACGUCUCCAAAGAGAUAUAA